AUGGCUUCAAGUUCAAGUUCAAGUUCAAACCAAGGUGGCAGUGCAAAAUCUUCAUACAGAGGUGUCCGAAAGAGGAAAUGGGGAAAAUGGGUGUCGGAAAUUCGCGAGCCAGGUACCAAAACCAGAAUCUGGUUAGGGAGUUUCGAGACACCGGAGAUGGCAGCAGCUGCAUACGACGUCGCAGCGUUACAUUUCAGGGGACGCGAAGCCAGACUCAACUUCCCUGAACUUGCUAGCACACUUCCUCGCCCCAUGAGCAACAAUGCUGACCACAUACGCAUGGCUGCACAUGAAGCUGCCUUAAGGCUGAGGACCAACACGGUGGCGGCGCCGCAGCCGGAGGAACACAGUGGUUCGAGCACGGUGACGAUGCCGCCGGUGACCGUGAGACUCUCCCCAACUCAGAUUCAGGCAAUCAAUGAGUCACCUCUGGACUCACCUAAGAUGUGGAUGCAAAUGACGUCAGACACUUUCACGUUGGAAGAUCAAUCCAUGAUGUUUACAAAUAGCUAUGAGUUUGAUCCGGACAACGACUGGGAGGAGGGUGUGCAUGACGGUUCUCUUUGGGAUCCUUAG